UUAGUCAAAAUUGAGCACAUGGCUACCACAGCAUUUUACAGAGACAUGGGACGGUGACCCUAAACACACUCGAAGGUUAUGUAAGAACGAUUUGUUAAAGAAGUAACGUGAUGGAUUGCUGCAUUAGAUAAACGGCCUCUGCGAUCCUCAGAACCAAGAGAGUGAAGGAAAAUCAACCAACAAGCACUCAAAACCAUCAAGAUUGUUAGAAAACCAUUCCAGAAGCCUGCAUUCUUGUGCUCGGAUGAAAAACCUGAUGAACGUGUUCUGUGGGACAGCUGGAAGCCGGUGAGAACCGCGUCGCGGCAGUGUGGCAGCAGCAGCAGGAGGCACAGGAGCAGGAGCAGCAGCGCACUGAUUUAAAGAAACGAGUCCCUAAACGAGGCCCUGAGUGCGUCAAAAUGGAAAGUCAGAAGAAGGUGAUCGAGAGACUGAGGAUUGCGUUCCGGUCCAACAUGACCGUUCCUCUUCAUUUCCGUCUCACUCAGCUGGAGGCUUUGCUGUCUUUACUAGAGGAUAAUGAGGCACAGAUCUUGGAGGCACUGCAUAAAGACCUCAACAAGCCCAAAUUUGAGGCAGUGGUGUCAGAUAUCGAACUGGUGGCCAACGAGCUUCGAUAUACCAUCUGUAACUUGGAAGCCUGGUUGAAGCCAACCUAUGUGAACAAAAACUUGCCAACCAAACUAGACGACUGCUUCGUACGCAGAGAACCGUUAGGGGUUGUUUUGAUCAUUGGCGCGUGGAACUACCCUCUACAGCUCAUUUUAGCACCACUGGUCGGUGCUAUUGCUGCCGGCAACUGUGCUGUACUGAAGCCCUCGGAAAUCAGUCAAGCAACUGAGCAACUCCUUUCAGAGCUAAUACCAAAGUACCUGUCUCAGGAGUGCUACGCUGUUAUAUGUGGAGGAGCCGAGGAAACCAAAUCACUGUUGCAAAACCGAUUUGAUCACAUUUUCUACACAGGCUCUCAGGCGGUGGCACGGAGCAUCCUGCAGGCAGCCGCAGUACACCUCACCCCGGUCACUCUGGAGCUGGGUGGAAAAUGCCCAUGCCUCGUUUAUGGCCACUUGGACCUCAAGGCUGCUGCAAACAGGCUUGUAUGGGCUAAGUUUUUCAACGUGGGGCAGAGCUGUGUGGCGCCGGACUAUGUCCUGUGCACAGCCGAAAUGCGAGACAAACUAAUUCCCUUGAUCGUAGAAGCUUUGGAGGCAUUCUACGGGCCUCGGAUUAACGAAAGCGCCGACUACGGCCGAAUUGUCACAGACAGACACUGGAACAGGCUCAUGGAGCUCCUAGGAAAGUCUCAAGGAAAGGUGGUUAUAGGAGGAGAAGGUGUGAAGGAGGACAAAUACAUUGCUCCCACAGUGAUUGUGGACGUGACCGAAUCGGACGCUUUGAUGCAAGAGGAAAUUUUUGGCCCCAUCCUUCCCAUCCUCACUGUGGAGUCUCUAGAGGAAGGCAUCCGUUUCAUCAACGAGAGAGAGAAGCCAUUGGCGCUCUAUGUGUUUUCUGAUCAGGCUCCGGUUGUGAAUACAGUAUUAGAGCAAACCAGCAGUGGAGGGUUUUGUUCAAAUGACGGAAUAGUUCACAUGACACUUCCCGAAUUGCCUUUCGGAGGAGUGGGUGCAAGUGGGAUGGGGAGUUAUCACGGCCGCUGGGGUUUCGAGACGUUCAGCCACAGACGGGCGUGUAUGCUGCGAGGUUGGGGACUGGAACGACUCAGCGUCUUGCGUUAUCCACCGUAUCAGGAGUCAAACCUGGGCUGGUUGCGCUGGGCCGCGCGAGCCAAGAAGAAAAACUGGGGGGUGUGCAGUAUCAUAUGACUUUCGUCCUGUUUGCUGGAGACAUGGAUUUUACCAGAAAUUCUUGUACUUGCUUGGAUAAUGGAGAUAAAAACCAAGCACACGUAUGAAGUGUUUACAAAUGUAGCUGCACCCUUAAAAUUUUCAUUUCUUUUCUUAAACACUACUUUCUGCAAGAUAAAAUUCGUUAGGUACAUCGCAUUGCUGUUUUAUAUCUAAUGAACCACAGUGUAUUUGUAUCCCGUUAUCUGUAUAACUGUUCUUUAAUUGGGAAAGAUAAAGCGGUGGGUAAUUAAAUAAAAAAUUGAGAGUU